GUGGUCCCUUGGUCCUACGGACUGCCAUGCAUGGGCCAUGAGGGCAUCUCCUGGUCCUUCUGGCCCUACAGACCACUUGCAUGGGCUGUGAUGGCCCCCCGUUGGUCCCUCUGGCCAUGCGUGGGGCCCUGCCGGUGUCCUGCGUCCCUCCGUCCUCCUGGGUGCUGUGCAUGGACCUUGACAGCACCCCGUGGUCCCUUCUGUCCUACAGACCACCGUGCAUGGACCCCGCCACCCUUCCAUGGUCCCUCCAGUCCCAUCAAUGUCCAUGCACGGACCCCGCCACCCUUCCACGAUCCCACAGACCACUGCUCAUGGACCCCGCAGGCACUGCAUGGCCCUCUGGCCCCCGUGGCCCUCCUGCCACACUGACUGCUGCGCACGGACCCUGCCAAUGUCGUGAGGUCCCCCUGGUCCUGCAGAUUGCUGCGUGUGGACCCCAACAGCACCCCGUGGUCCCUUCUGUCCACAGACCACCGUGCAUGGACCCUGCCAAUGUCCCGUGGUCCCUCCAGUCCCAUCAACUGCCAUGCAUGGACACUGCCAUCCUUCCAUGUCCCCCUGGUCCUACAGACUGCUGUGCAUGGGUUGUGGUGGUCCCCAUGGUCCUACAGACUGCUGUGCAUGGGCUGUGGUGGUCCCCCUGGUCCUACAGACCACCGUCCAUAAUAGACUGUGGUGGCCUCCCCAGGUCCUUCAGGUCCUACACAUCACUGUGCAUGACCUGUGGUGCCCCCUGUGGUCCCUCUGGCCGUGCACAGACCCUUCAGGUCCCCCGUGCUCCCUCCUGCCCCACUGACCGCCGGUUCCCCGUGCUCCCUCCCCGCCUGCAGCCCACCGUGCCCGGCGCCCACCAUCCCGGGGGCUCUGCCCUGCUCCGGCAGCCCAGCAAAGAGCCCUGGGGGUGCCUUGAGCCAUCCCCAUGGCCUCAGCCCCGGCUCCAUGUCCCAAGCCAGAGCCACCCCAAACAGCUGUGGGGUCAAGCUGGUGGUGCAGAGCCCUGGGGGGGGGGGGGGGGGCGUGUGCCGUGGUGUGGCCAUGGGUGGCCACGGGAUGGCCAUGGGGGUGGCCGUGGUGUGGCCAUGGGGCGCAUGGGGUGGCUGUGGGAUGGCCAUGGGGUGCUGUGGGGUGGCCAAGGGCCGUUUGCUGCCCACCCUGGCGUCCCCCUCGCCGUUUCUCUUUUAAGCAACGAGCCGUCUGCUUCGGUGUGUGCACGUGUGCCUGGGGGAGCCACGGGAGACCCCAAAGCCGAGACGGCGCCGGGCCCAACGAACUGCAUUCAUUUUGCCUUACCUCCUCGGAGUUGCCUUUAG